AUGAGAGCCUUUUCAGCAGCCACAGUUAGGGCCACAACAAGAAAGUCAUUCAUCCCAGUGGUACCAAGAACACCUUUGAUGACGUCUUCGUUUACAAGAAGAGCAACUCCUAUGACAAGAAUGAGGUAUUAUUCUGAUGAAGCAAAAAAAGAAGACGCCAAAGAAGGCAGUGAAAAUUUGACAGAAGAACAAUCAGAGAUCAAGGACCUGGAAAAUCAGUUAAGUGCGAAGGAUAAGGAAGCUUCUGAACUUAAAGACAGGUUGUUGAGAUCUAUGGCUGAUUUCAGAAAUUUGCAACAAGUCACAAAGAAAGAUAUUCAGAAAGCGAAAGAUUUUGCAUUGCAGAAAUUCGCUAAGGAUCUAUUGGAGUCCGUAGAUAACUUUGGUCAUGCUUUAAACGCCUUUAAGGAAGAAGAUUUACAAAAAUCCAAGGAAAUCAGCGACUUGUAUACAGGUGUCAGAAUGACAAGAGAUGUCUUCGAGAACACUUUAAGAAAACACGGCAUUGAAAAAUUAGAUCCGUUGGGAGAACUAUUUGAUCCAAAUAAACACGAAGCAACGUUUGAAUUACCUCAACCUGAUAAGGAACCAGGCACUGUUUUCCAUGUACAACAAUUAGGUUUCACCUUAAAUGACAGAGUCAUCAGACCAGCAAAGGUCGGUAUCGUCAAAGGCGAAGACAAUUAA